AGGGUUUGUACAAGUGUAAUGCUGGUCAUUAGUCACUAAAGGUAAAACAACCCACUGGGUCCCCAGUCUCUGGUCAUCAUCUCCUGUAGUAUGUCCGCAGUCCCUGGUCAUUUCUUGUACUACGUCUGCAGUCUCCGGUCAUCAUCUCUUGGUCAUACCCUGUACCGUGUCGGCAGUCUCCGGUCAUCAUCUCCUGUACCGUGUCCGCAGUCUCUCGGUCAUCAUCUCCUGUACCGUGUCCGCAGUCUCUGGUCAUCAUCUCCUGUACCGUGUCCGCAGUCUCCGGUCAUCAUCUCCUGUACCGUGUCGUGUCCGCAGUCUCCUCCGGUCAUCAUCUCCUGUACCGUGUCCGCAGUCUCCGGUCAUCAUCUCCUGUACCGUGUCCGCAGUCUCUGGUCAUCAUCUCCUGUACCGUGUCCGCAGUCUCCGGUCAUCAUCUCCUGUACCGUGUCCGCAGUCUCUCCGGUCAUCAUCAUCUCCUGUACCGUGUCCGCAGUCCGUCCGGUCAUCAUCUCCUGUACCGUG